AUGGAUGAUCUCACGGUACAAGGAUCUUGGAACACCAGAGAGAGGAUCCUACAUAUCAACUGCAAGGAAAUGAAGGCCAUCUAUUAUGCCAUCCUGGCAUCGAAGAUAUGUCUCUCCCAAUCGUCCAUCCUCAUAGCCACGGACAACACCAUAGUAUUGGCAUACAUUCAGAAACAAGGAGGAACCAGAUCCAGUUCUCUGAUGAUGGAGACUACACGAUUGUUUGCCUUGGCAGGCUCCAUCAGUUGCCGGAUGGAAGCAAGACAUAUUCCCGGGAAGCUGAACAUCUUUGCUGACAGCCUUUCCCGACAGGGGAGAAUAGUGGCAACAGAAUGGACCUUACAUCUCUAG